AAACCAUAACAAGCCCAGAAGCUAAAGCUGAAGCGCUUGGAAAGCAAAUUCCGUUUCGUACGGUAGUUCUGUACUGUUAUUAAUAGGGAAAUGGCUGAAAUUGAAUCGCACGUAGAAGAAAAAAAAGUUGAGGAUGAGCAAGAAAUGGAAGAAUGGAGUGAUGCUGAAGAUCCACCACAAAAGAAAAGCGAAACUGGCUUCAUGUCCCAGGACUUAAGGGCCGAUUCAGACACAUUAACCGAGACAUUCAACGAGGAAAUCUUUCACGCCAAAGACGAAACGGAAAUGGAUACCUUACAACAUGAAGAAGAAAUGGACGAAAGUAUUGCAAACUUGUACGAUCCGAUCGAGUUCAACGGUGUUAACGUCCCUUUCCAAAUAAGGGAGCUCUUCCACUUCAUAACAAAAUAUCGCCCACAAAUCUUAGAAAUGGAAACCAAGUUGAAGCCAUUCCUACCAGAAUUCAUUCCAGCUGUUGGAGAUCCUGAUGCAUUUCUGAAAAUCGAUCGCCCAGAUGGAAACACUGAGUUCCUUGGGUUAGCUCUAAUUGACGAGCCUUCGCUCAAUCAAAGUGACCCAUCGGUUUUGGACCUUCGUCUCCGAUCUAUUUAUAAGCAGAGCUCGGCAAAGAAAACGGUUGCAAGAACUAUAGAAGAAGGAAAUAAAGUUAAAGCAAUUGAGAAAUGGAUCAAGGAUAUAAAUGAAUUACAUCGCUCCAAGCCGUUGCCGACAGUGAACUAUAACAAACCCUUACCUGAUAUAGAUACGUUACUACAAGAAUGGAAUCCAGAUGUGGAAGACAUUCUUAGUGAAGACAAAAUACUUCCAGCGAAUUUAAAUUGUGAUUUAAAUUUCUAUACUGAUGUUGCUUGUGGUUUGUUAGAUAUACCUGUGUAUCCUGGACAUCGAUUGCAUUCUGUGCAUCUGUUGCUUACCCUUUAUUCUGAAAUGGGACGCUUACAGAAGUAAACCUUUGAUGUAUAACUUGGCCUUGUUAAUAAUUAGUUAAGCC